CUUUGGUAAAUUUUUGUUACGGUUCCUUUGGUAAUGUAAAGACUUUUUUUGAGUAACUGACAGCUCAGUUUUUACUACUUAAUUUAACUCUCAACAAUGCUUUGAAUGUCAUGUAAAAUCAUCUGAAAUCUUGUUACAUAUUUCCCGCAUUUCUUUUCUCGAAAUGUGUAACUGCUUACUGAAUUACACAAUAAAAGGAAAAUUUACGAGUUUUCACCUGGGAAAGAAGUACACACGAAUGCAAGGAAUAAAAAUGCUGGCAACUUCCUCUUUAUGCAAAUCUAACGAACACGAAUGCUUUGAGUAUCUUAUUAAACUUUUCGAGAAAAGUAUGUACAAAUAUAAACAAGAAAACAUUCUCACAAGUUUAUUACUACACCUACAUAGCAGCUGUCAAAACAAAACAAACGCUCAUAUUGAAGACUUAAUGGACGAAAAUGGUCCGGCUAAAGAAAAUGCUUCGGUAUAAGAAGCAGGUGACCACCGAUAUGAGGUCACUCGCUACUAUCAACUGGCUACUGACACAGCCAAAA